UACAUUCUCUUUCCCUGUGUCAGUACAGGGAUCAUUUUUUUCCUUCCUCUACUCCCUCCCUCUGCCUGCCCCUCCCUCCCUGUCUCCCUUCCCUCCCUCCCUCCCCUCUCGACUGGGUCGGUCCGCUGAGGUGCCGGAUCCCCUCACUGCUGGGACGCGCCGAACUCCCAGCAGGAGUCCGCUCUUUGGAGCCUGGUCCCUCCCUUCCCCUUCCCUGCCCCCUUCCCCCACCCCCGACGCGGGCUCCGCGCAGCGGCCAGAGGAACCCCGAGCAGCUGGAGGAAUGGAGAACUCCUCAGCAGCAUCGGCUUCCUCUGAGGCGGGAAGCAGCCGCUCCCAGGAGAUCGAGGAGCUGGAGCGCUUCAUUGACAGCUACGUGCUGGAGUACCAGGUGCAGGGGCUGCUGACGGACAAGACAGAGGGUGACGGCGAGAGCCAGAGGACACAGUCCCAUAUCUCCCAGUGGACUGCUGACUGCAGAGAGCAGCUAGAUGGUAGCUGUUCCUUCUCCAGAGGGCGAGCUCCACCACAGCAGAAUGGCAGCAAAGACAACUCCCUGGACGUGCUGGGCACAGAUAUCUGGGCUGCCAACACCUUUGAUUCCUUCAGUGGUGCCACCUGGGACCUGCAACCUGAAAAGCUGGACUUCACCCAGUUUCAUCGGAAGGUCCGCCACACACCCAAGCAGUCCCUGCCACACAUCGACAGAGAAGGGUGUGGCAAGGGGAAGAUGGAAGAUGGAAAUGGUAUCAGCCUGAACGACAUCGAGAAGGUCCUCCCGACCUGGCAGGGCUACCAUCCGAUGCCCCACGAGGUAGAGAUUGCCCACACCAAGAAGUUGUUCCGGAGGAGGAGAAACGACCGAAGACGGCAGCAAAGACCUCCAGGAGGGAACAAGCCCCAACAGCAUGGUGACCAUCAGCCAGGCAGUGCCAAACACAACAGGGACCACCAGAAAUCUUAUCAGGGGGGCUCAGGGCCCCACCCCUCAGGGAGGCCCACACACCACGGCUACAGCCAGAACCGACGCUGGCAUCACGGCAACAUGAAGCAUCCGCCAGGAGACAAGGGAGAAGCGGGCAGCCACCGCAAUGCCAAAGAGACCGUGACCGUUGAGAACCCCAAACUUGAAGACGGCCCAGGGGACACCGGACACAGUGGCCUUGAGCCCCCCUGCAGCCCUGACACUCUGACCCCAACAGCUUCCGAGAGGCCAACCCCUCAGCUGCCAGGGGGUUCAGAGGCUGAGACAAAGCAAAAAGACACUGCUCUUCCCGAGCGUCUCGGGGAGCGGCCCAAAAUCACCCUGCUCCAGUCUUCCAAAGACAGGCUGAGGCGAAGGCUGAAAGAAAAGGUACCGGACAUCCCGAAUCCCACUGAGACUUCAGCUCCACUGAGGUGUGUUUUAUGUGUCCCCCAUACCCCCCAGGACGAAGUAGCAGUAGAGGCCAGCAACCCUCAGCCAAACAAGAUGGACAGGCUGACGGAGAUCCUGAACAGCAUGAGGAAUAACAGCAGCGACGUGGACGCCAAGCUCACCUCCUUCAUGGAGGAGGCGCAGAACUCCACCAACUCCGAGGAGAUGCUGGGAGAGAUCGUGCGGACCAUCUACCAGAAGGCGGUGUCAGACCGCAGCUUCGCCUUCACGGCCGCCAAGCUCUGCGACAAGAUGGCCCUCUUCAUGGUCGAGGGGACCAAGUUCCGGAGCCUGCUCCUCAACAUGCUCCAGAAGGACUUCACUGUGCGUGAGGAGCUACAGCAACAGGAUGUGGAGCGCUGGCUGGGCUUCAUCACCUUCCUGUGUGAGGUGUUUGGCACCAUGAGGAGCAGCACUGGCGAGCCCUUCCGAGUGCUGGUGUGCCCCAUCUACACGUGCCUCAGGGAGCUCUUGCAGUCUCAGGAUGUGAAGGAAGACGCUGUCCUCUGCUGCUCCAUGGAGCUGCAAAGCACGGGCCGGCUACUAGAGGAGCAGCUGCCGGAGAUGAUGACGGAGCUCCUAGCCAGCGCGCGAGAUAAGAUGCUGUGCCCCUCAGAGUCCAUGCUAACCCGCUCCCUGCUCCUGGAGGUCAUCGAGCUCCACGCCAACAGCUGGAACCCUCUGACGCCCCCCAUCACGCAGUACUACAACAGGACCAUCCAGAAACUGACAGCCUGACAGCCGAGGGGGCCUGGCGGGCAGCCCAUGGGCAGCUGGGGCCCUGGUGCACAGGGCCAGAUGGACAGGCGAAAGGACAGGGGUGGCCCUGGCGGGAAAGAGACCUGAGCAAGGAGGCAGGUAGCAACGGGGGCCAGUGUGGAGCCGGCGGAGGAGGGGAUCGGGUCCCUCGGAAGGGCUCCCCGUGCAGCCCCCCAGCCUGCGCACGUGGCAGCUCACGCCAAGGGAAGCAUGUCUCUUUGUCCUGGUGGUCGCCCGCCCUUGCUCUCCUCUCCUCAGCUCUAGUCCUCCCCGCCCCCUCCCUUCCAACCCAUCCCCCAUAGAGCUUUAUGGGAGGAAUCUCUGCCUCCCCUCGCUGUCUACAGCUGCCUCUCAGCCUCCCACACCUUGGCCACCGCUUGGGUCAGCCAGGACUGCUGAAGGCUGAAAAAGUGGGUCGAGACGGCUCUCAUUGUUCCCACGUGCUGUCAGCCACAGUCGCCAACUGGCAGCAGGCAACGUGUAGCAGAUGUCUGGGAGGACAAAGGCAGGCACGGUCCCCACCAGCCGCCCAUAAUUGAUGGCCUUUGUCAGCCCCAGCGGAGCUGGAGAGAGGCUUUUUUUCCCCCUCUAACCUCCGUGCUCCACCCUCCACCCUCCCAACUUCAAUUCCUCCAACCCCUCAGCCUCCAGCCCCAGGGCCUGCUGCUCCCCCAGGCAGAGAAGGGAGUUGGGGCUCACGGCCCAGCUUGCACCCUUUUAUUUUUUCAGAAGUCGGUUGCUUUGAAGUCUCUUUUGCUCAAUGAAAAUGACCUAGAUUUUUUGCGAUCACAUAGUUAUCCCCUCAAGGAUCCCCUGAUUAGUGGGAGAUCAAACCCUGCCCCCUCUGGAAAGAAUCUAGCCACUAGCGGCUUGCUUGCCGGUAGCCAGCUAGCAAUUGGAAACUUCUGCCCCAAUGGGGAUCCCCACUGGAAUCCUGUGUUCCUGGGCCCCUGUUCUGCAGUGCCUCUGUUCUGUCCACUGCUAGCUUCCAAAGGGCUGAUACUGUCCCCUGGACUGACUGCCUUAGGACCUGCCCUGGCCCCCUGUUAUGGCCAACGGGGGGGCCAGGAACGAGGCUGGCAAAUUAAAACCAAAUGCAGGUCUUGUUCCAAGCAACUGUUGGAAGAAGAGCCCACUGCUGGCUCCACGGGUCUUGGAGCCUCCUUCAUGAGCCCUUGCCUCAUCCCAAGCAAGACCCACAAGCCCUACCUCCAAGGCUGCUGGGGAGAGGGGAAACCGUUGGGUCCUGACUGGGGCAGUUUGGUAGGCGACCAGGCAGACAGCCAAAUGAAGUUCUUCAGGCUAGAAACGAUACUCCAGUUUCUUGGGAGGCUCUGGUCCCAGGGAACAACCACUUCUAUAAUGGCUAGGGAGGAGCAUGAGGGGGUCUAAGAGGCUGGUCUUGCUGGGAUGACUGGCGGCUCUUCCACCUCAUCUCUGGGAAGCUGGAACCCAUACUUUGAUGAUCCCCCCAGAACAUCACUGGACCUGGUCAUAUCUAGACCAUGGUGGGGGCGCUUAAUCAGUGGUUCUCAACCUGUGGGUCGUGACCCCUGUGGGGAAUCAAAAAACCCUUUCACAAGGGCCACAUAUCAGAUAUCCUGCAUAUCCGUUAUUCCCGAUUCGUAACAGUAGCAAAUUACAAUUAUGAAGUAGCAAUGAAAAUAAUUCUAUGGUUGGGGGUAACCACGGCAUGAGGAAAAAGCAGGAGUAUUAAAGGGUUGCAGCAUCAGGAAGGUUGAGAACCACUGCCCUCCAGGCCUCCUAGUUGAAUUCAAGCUGGCUAGAGUGAAAAGGAGGGACGCUUUCUCCUAAGUGUCCCAAAUCUAGAAGAGUAGAAAGGGACACGGGUGGGGGAGGGAGAGUUCCCGAGUUCUCUCUGGCUGUCUCCAACUGAAGUGUUCAGGUCCCAGGAUGGGUCCUCUGAAGAGGGCUGCUGGGAAUAAGGUAUAGAGAUCAUGGCCGCCCCAGCCUUGAUCUCCUUCCUCUCCUCCUUUCUAUCCUUCUUUUCUCUGCUUCUUGCUGCCUUGUCUCACAUCCCAGCCCUUAGGCUGAGCCUGGAGCUCAGGGACGCUCUAAGCCCCACAGGAGGUGUUGAGGGAAGAGCAGGGCAGAUAGAAGGCCCAGCGAAGACACCAGGGAAAUCAUGAACUUGUGUAGAGU